CAUCAAACUAAAUGUUGUCCAGUCACAAAAAAUAAUAGCAGAUUUGAAUUCCUUAAACUCAGAAAUACCCUUCACUGAAUAAAUUUGCAAAAAUUAAGUUUCAGCCCCUGAAACGACAUGCCCUAGUGAGGUAGUGUGAGGAGUGUCAUCUUGAGAAAGGGACCAUAAAUUAUAGGAUGGAUGUGAAGAGAAGAAUGGAGAUAUAAUAUUGAAUACACUUGUUUUUAGUGGGUAAUUUAAUUAUUGUUUGACUUUAUACUAAUGAUAUAUUUGAUAUUACCCUGAGCCCAGUUUUGGCUGGGGAGGACGGGAUACAAAUAAAAGUUUUGUUGCUGUUGUUGUUGUUGUUAUCAUUUUUCAGUUCAUGGGAAAUAGCACUUUUCAUGAUAUGCUGGUGAGCAAUUUUCUUGUCUUGUUUUUCCUCCUAAAGUUUCUCUCCCACAAAGUUUUGAGACAUGUGCUUGGAAAUGUAUACAGUGGUACCUCAGGUUAAGUACUUAAUUCGUUCCAGAGGUCCGUUCUUAACCUGAAACUGUUCUUAACCUGAAGCACCACUUUAGCUAAUGGGGCCUCCCACUGCCGCCACACCGCCGGAGCACGAUUUCUGUUCUCAUCCUGAAGCAAAGUUCUUAACCCGAGGUACUAUUUCUGGGUUAGCGGAGUCUGUGACCUGAAGCAUAUGUAACCUGAAGAGUAUGUAACCCAAGGUACCACUGUAUGGGAAAAGUGCCUGGGAUGGAUAUUUUAAGAUGAAGUUGGGGGACAGAUUAAGCAUCUUUAUCACAGAUUCUUCCUCCCUCCUUAAGUUGAUCCUUCUUUUAUAUACAAGCAGCAACAAAAAAGGAGCUUUUGUGUUUCUGUUACUUGCAUUUGAAGCUGAUACAAUUAGGUUAUUCAACCUUUGUUAAAUUUCUCUAAACAGAUUUUCCCUUAUAAGGGAGGUCUCCAACCCUGGAUCAUUUUAUUGUAUACUCUUUGUCUUUACGUAUUUUUAACCAUAAGUCUACAUUUGACCACCAGAAUAGUACACAGUAUUCCAAGUGUGGCUGACCACUGGUUUACAUAGGAGCAUAUGGUAGCUGGCACUUUAGUUCAAUCUUAUUAUUCUCAACUUUAAAUUUGCCUUCUUUAGAUCACUACAAAACAUUACCAUUUUCAAUAAGCAUCCCAACCCUUACAUGCUGGUACGCUAUCCCUGCAUCAGACCAUGUAAAAAUUAGAAGGUUUUCUCAUUGUACACAUGGUACAUGGGUGAUCUCAGCCAUACCAAGAUGCCACUAUUGCUCUUGUGCCAGCGGCUUAUUCCAGCUCCAUUUUCAGUAGGUAUUUUGCUAUAUAUCUUUUUUUCUUUCCCAGAUGCUGUAAAGGGAAGCAAUGUGGGGAGAUAAUCAGAGCCAUGAAGGAGAAUUCAUCUUACUGGGAGUGGCUGACCGCCCACACUUGGAGAUGUUGCUCUUUGGUCUUGUCCUGAUCUGCUACACGAUGACCUUGCUGGGCAACACAACCAUCAUGGUGGUGUCGCGGCUGGACCCCCAUCUCCACACCCCUAUGUAUUUCUUCCUCAGCAACCUCUCCUUCCUUGAUCUUUGCUUCACUACCAGUCUUGGACCACAGAUGCUGGUGAACUUUUGGAGGAGAAGCAAGACCAUCAGUUACGGUGCCUGUGUGGCCCAGCUCUACAUCUCUCUCGCUCUGGGCUCCACAGAAUGUAUUCUUUUGGCUGUCAUGGCCUGUGACCGCUAUGCUGCCGUCUGCCACCCACUGCGUUACACUACCAUUAUGAGCCACGCUGUAUGCUUCAAAAUGGCUGCUUUUGCCUGGAUUAGUGGGCUAAGCACCUCAGUGGUAGAGUCGGUGAUGACUCUUCGGCUCCCACGGUGUGGAGAGAACCGAAUAGACAAUUUUUUCUGUGAGGUGCCAGCCUUAAUCGAAUUGGCCUGUGUUGACACCUCCUUCAAUGAGGCUUUGCUUGUUGCUUCUAGUGCUGUCUUCCUUAUAGUACCACUAGGCCUCAUUAUGGUCUCUUAUUGCUACAUUGUGGUUGCUGUGUUGAGGAUCCGCUCAGCAGAGAGCAGGCAGAAGGCCUUCAACACCUGUGCUUCCCACUUGAUCGUGGUGUCACUCUUUUAUGGGACGGCCACCUUCAGCUAUGUCCAGCCCCCGUCCAACUACUCCCGCGAUCAGGGCAAGAUGGUUUCCCUUUUCUAUACAUUUGUUGUCACCAUGCUCAAUCCCUUAAUCUAUACCCUGAGGAACAAAGAGGUACACAAAGCUCUAAGAAGACUGAUGAAGAAAACUUAAGACCAAUGUUUCCCAACUCCGUUCAGAGACUGUGUGUUUAUAUUUUAAUAAAAAAUAAAUAAAACCUCACUGAUCACUUAUGUGGCACUUUUUGUCUUAACCAGAGCUUCUUUUUAAUUUUGAAUUGACUGCCGGAUAUGCCAAUGAAUCAGGCUGGACACUGCAGUCUGUACUGCACCCCUCUGAGGUCUGUGGCCUAGGCAGUUAUCUAGUUUGCCCCAUGAUAGGGCUGGCCCUGGGUGCCAGCCUCAGUCAAAUAGGCCUGUUCUGACACCUCACUGAAUGUGGUGGUGCUCUUUGCUUCCAGUGUAGUAUUCCUUGUAGCACCCCUAGGCCUCAUUAUGGACUUUCAUAGCUACACUAGGAUGCUGCGUUAGGUUCACUCAGCUGCAUAGCUGUCAACUUACAGAUUUGAAAAUAAGGGACCAGCAGCUUUGAAAAUAAGGGACCAGCAGCCAAAAUAAGGGACCUGCAGCCUUACCUGUUCCAGGCACUCCAGUCUUCCUGUCUUCCUGCAGUCUGGUCAAACUCAUGCUGGGUAGCUUCGAGAACACUGUCCAACCAACUUUGUAACCAGAAGUUCAACUGAAUAGAAUCUGAAUCACAUGCACCACAAGGCCUAUGCAGCCUCAACUUAGAAUGGCUCCCCAGCCUGGCUUUGCACUGCAAAGUUUGCAGCAGCACGUGCAACAAAAUGGCGUCCAGCAUUCAAAAAACCCCUCAGCUUGCAUUAACUAGCCACACACAAGGCAUGCAAGCUCCACCCCCAGUCGUUCUUAGACUUCUUAUUGGGUGAGCAACACAGCCAAGCAACACAGUUGGAGCCUCCCUCCUCCCUGGCCGGCAGGGAGGGAGGGAGAGGAGCUGCUUCCUUUGCUGACAAUUUAGUACUGACAUUACAGGAUCCAGACUCCAGUGCAGUGAAAGCACUGGAGUUGAUACAGGAAUUCGGGCAGGUAGCGGGAUUUAAGUUAAAUAAGAGUAAAACCAAAGUAUUAGAGAAAAAUCUGGAUAAUGAUGAAAUAAAACUAUUACAAGAAAAGACGGGCCUAGAUUUUGUGAAAAAAGUCAAGUAUUUGGGUGUGAAUCUGUCUCGGAAAAACUUGAACUUAUAUAAAGAGAACUAUGAGAAACUAUGGAAUGAAAUUAAGAGAGACCUAGAGAUAUGGUCAAAUUUAAAACUGUCAUUAAUGGGCCGGAUUUCAGUGGUUAAGAUGAAUGUAUUGCCAAAGGUGUUUUUUGUUUUUUUUUUGUUUCAAGCCCUCCCAAUCAUAGACAAUGUGAAAUGCUUUAAAGAAUGGCAGAAAGCUUUAUCUAGAUUUAUCUGGCAGGGGGGAAAACCCAGAAUUAAAUAUAAAUAUAAAUUACUUAGGGAUUCUAAAGAAAGAGGGGGAUUCUCCCUGCCAGAUUUGAAAAUCUAUUUUGAGGCAGCUGCUUUUUGCUGGAUUAAAGAAUGGAUACAACUAGAAGACACUGAUGUUUUAGAUUUAGAGGGAUUCGAUAAUUUGUUUGGAUGGCAUGCAUAUCUAUGGUAUGAUAAAGUAAAGGCCCAUAAUGCUUUCAAAAAUCAUGUAAUUAGGAAAUCUCUGUACAACGUAUGGAUAAAAUAUAAUGAUCUCUUAGAAAGGAAGACACCCAGAUGGCUUUCACCAAUGGAGGCGAAGGCCCAGAAAAAGUUUAUUGUUGGAAGUAGCUGGAGUAGCUGGAUGGAGGUGGGGGUCACUGAAAAUGGCCAUCCGGUAAAAGAGUGACACCACAAUCAAGUGCAGGCAAUCCAACAUAAAAAAGAAGCUCUGGUUGCCAUAUAAGUGAUCAGUGACGUUUUAUUUAUUUUUAUUAAAAUAUAACCACAGAGCCUCUGCAUGGAGUUGGGAGACAUUGGUCUUAAGUUCUCUUCGUCAGUCUUCUUAGAGCUUUGUGCACCUCUUUGUUCCUCAGGGUAUAGAUUAGGGGAUUGAGCAUGGUGACAACAAAUGUAUAGAAAAGGGAAACCAUCUUGCCCUGAUCGCGGGAGUAGUUGGACGCGGGCUGGACGUAGCUGAAGAUGGCCGUCCCAUAAAAGAGCAACACCACGAUCAAGUGGGAAGCACAGGUGUUGAAGGCCUUCUGCCUGCUCUCUGCUGAGCGGAUCCUCAACACAGCAACCACAAUAUAGCUAUAAGAGACCAUAAUGAGGCCUAGUGGUACUAUAAGGAACACUGCGCUAAAAGCAACAAGCAAAGCCUCGUUGAAGGAGGUGUCAACACAGGCCAGUUUGAUUAAGGCUGGCACCUCACAGAAAAAAUGGUCUAUUCGGUUCUCUCCACACCGUGGAAGCUGAACAGUCAUCACUGUGUGCACUAGUGAAUUGCUGAAGCCAAAAAGCCAGGCGAUGGCAGCCAUUUUGAAACAUAAAGAGUGGCUCAUAAUGGUAGUGUAGCGCAGUGGAUGGCAGACUGCAGCAUAUCUGUCAUAGGCCAUGACAGCCAAAAGGACGCAUUCUGUAGAGCCCAGAGCAAGGGAGAUGUGCAAUUCAGCCACACAGCCACCAUAUGAGAUAGACUUCUUUUUCUUCCAGAAGCUCACCAGCAUCUGUGGUCCGAGGCUGGUGGUGAAGCAAAGAUCAAGGAAGGAGAGGUUGCUGAGGAAGAAAUACAUAGGGGUGUGGAGAUGGGGGUCCAGUCGUGACACCACAAUGAUGGUUGUGUUUCCCAACAGGGUCAUCAUGUAGCAGGUCAGGAUAAUGGCAAAGAGGAACAUCUCCAAGCAUGGGCGGUCAGCCACUCCCAGUAAGAUGAAUUCUCCUUGGUAGCUCUGAUUACCUUCUUCCCACAAUCCUUCCCUGUACAUUAUCUAGAAAAGGAAGAAACAAAAAUAGGAAAAUACCUACUCAAAAUGGAGCUGGAAUAAACAGUUGACACAAAAGCAAUAGUGGCAUCUUGGUAUGGCUGAGAUCACCCAUGUACCAUGUGUACAAUGAGAAAACCUUCUAAUUUUUACAUGGCUUAAUGCAGGGAUGGGAAACCCUCCUGAUGUUCCUGAACUACAACCCUCUUCGGCCCUGGAAGCAUCGCCAAAAGCAUGGGAUGCUGGGAGUUGUAGUUCAGCUAUGUCUGGAGGGCCAAGGGUAAUCUGAUAUUCAAGAUUAAAAGGAGUUAAACCAGGUUACAAUCAGAAGAUUAGGGUGCUCUGAUUUAGCACUGAAGUGUGGACUUUCCGGGGGAAGUAGCAGGGCCCUAGAAAGCAUGGGACAAGUGGGAAAUCACUUGGACCCAUGCUUUCUACACACGGGACAAGCAGAAGGGUGGAUGGGCAUACAUUCUUGCUCCAGGUUAUUCUAGCACAGGGAAAGCCAACACUGGACUUCAGCUCCCAGAAAGCAUGGGAAAUGAUCAGGAAUGAUGAGAGGCAUAGUGCUAAUGGAAGAGAAUACGUAACUGAUCUUGGAUUUUAAGAUUGCUCUGCUUUUUUUAUUGUAUGGUUUUUAUUCAGAGCUGUGGGAAACCACUCUGGUACUUUUAUGAGUACAGUGGUAUCUCGGGUUACAGACGCUUCGGGUUACAGACGCUUCAGCUUACAGACUCCGCUAACCCAGAAAUAGUACCUCGGGUUAAGAACUUUGCUUCAGGAUGAGAACAGAAAUCGUGCAGUGGUGGCGCAGCAGCAGCUGGAGGCCCCAUUAGCUAAAGUGGUACCUCAGGUUAAGAACAGUUUCAGGUUAAGAACGGACCUCCAGAACGAAUUAAGUUCUUAACCCGAGGUACCACUGUAGUGGCAUAUCAGUAUUUUCAAAUAAAUAUUUAUGUGCUCUAGAUGGUGCUACCUUUAGAACAUACCAGAAGAGUUUAGUUCAUACAAAAUACAGUGGCUUCUGACAGGAACCCACAAACUGGGAGUUAGCCAAUUCCUGUUUCAAAAGGGGAAAAUGUUGUUUGGCUCUGAACAGGACAUGUAAGGGUUGAGAUGCUUAAUGAAAACGAUAAUAUUUUGUAGUGAUAUAAAGAAGGCAAAUUAGAGUUGAAAAUAAUUAGAUUGAAAUAAAGUACCAGCUACCAUAUGCUUAUAUGUAAACCAGUGGUCAGCCACACUUUGAACACUGUGUACUAUUCUGGUGGUCAAAUCUCAGAAAAAUGUAGACUUGUGGUUAAAAAUACGUAAAUGCAAUGAGUAUACAAUAAAAUGAUCCAGGGUUGGAGACCUCGCUUAUAAGGAAGAUUUGUUUAGAGAAACUUAACAAAGGUUGAAUAACCUAAUUAUAUCAGCUGCAAAGCAAAUACAAGUAAAAGAAACACAAAAGCUGCUCCCCCCCCCCAGUAUUUAAAAGAAGAAUCAACUUAAGGAGGGAGUAGGAAUCUGCGAUAAAGAUGCUUAAUCUGUUUCCCAACUUCAGCUUGAAAUAUCCUUCCCAUACGCUUUCCCCAUAUACAUUUCCAAGCACAUGUCUCAAAGCUGUGAAGGAGAGAAACUUUAGGACAAGACAAGAAAAUUACUCACCAGCAUAUUGUUGAAAGUGCCAUGUCCCAUGAACUGAAAAAGGUGUAUUCAGUAUAUUAUCUCUAUUCUCUUCAUUUCACAUCCUUCCAUCCUAUAAUUUAUGGUUCCUUUCUUUCUCUGAUGACACUCCUCACACGACCUCACUAGGGAGUGUCAUUUUAGGGUUGAAACUUAGUUUUUGCCAAUUUAUUCAGUGAGGGGUAUUUUUGAGUGUGAGGAAUUCAAAUCUGCUAUUAUUUUUGUGACUAGACAACGUUUAGUUUGGUAUGUUCACAUUUGAUGAAGAAGCACAUAAACUGCUUUUGGAAAACCAAAUAAUUCUAAUUUUAUCAUAUAAAAUAUAUAACUGCAACUACUUGGCAAUCAAUUUGAAUGAUAUCUAUGCAAUCUUACACUCAUUUUACUUACCAAGCAAAACAAAAUUGUAUUAAUUUAACCAAAAUAUCUUUUGAAUUUCCAAGUCAUAGUAAAACAUUUUAGCCACCCUUAUUUUUGGAUUUAGCUCACCUCUGAAUCAGUGAGAAGUAAAUUAAUUCUGAAAAAUGUGUAUCCAAUAUUUUAUCUCUUUUCUUCUCUUCAUUUCUCUUCCAUCCAUCCUAUAAUUUGUGGUCCCUUUCUCAAGAUGACACUCCUCACACUACCUCAGAAGGGCGUGUCAUUUGAGGGUUGAAACUUAAUCAUUGCAAGGUAUUCUUGAGUGUGAGGAAUUCAAAUCUGCUAUUAUUUUUGUGACUGAACAACAUUUAGUUUGGUAAGUCGACGUUUGAUGAAGAAGCACAUAAACUACUUUUGGACAACCAAAUAAGUUUAAUAUUAUCAUAUAAAAUAAAUAACUGUAAGCACUUGGCAAUCAAUUUUAAUGAUAUCUAUGCAAUUUUACACCCAUUUUACUUAUCAAGUAAAACGAAAUUGUAUUACUUUAAACAAAAUAUCUUUUGAAUUCCUGUCAUGUUAGAACUUUUAGCACCCUUCAUUUCUGGAAUUAGCUCACCCCUGACUCUUGGUCUGCUGUGACGGUGUGUGUUGAAGGAGCAGGUGGCUCCACCUUGGGCCAAGGAAACUCUCACAGAGCUCACUCUGGAUGCAGCUCUGUAGUCCAGGUCAUCAAGAGGGUACUGUGUGGAAAAUACCAGGGGUAGCUUAGGCAGACAUGAAAUUGCCUUAUAGCCAAUAAGACCAUUAGUCCAGCUAUCUCAGUAUUACACAGUAUUCUCCAUGCUUGAGUUGCCGGGUUUUGUUGGACUACUACUCCCAUCAUCCCUCAGACACCUUAGCCAAUGGUGAUGGACGAUGGGAGUUGUAGUCCAACAGGCAGGGGUGGUGUGGUAGGAAAGGGAAGGCUGCUUCAGAAUAAACCUCACACACCCCUGACUAUUAAUCAUGUCAAUUGAUGGCAGUUGUCAUUCAAUCCACCUGUCAGGAACAACGCCAGAGAAGGUUGCUUUACACCUUCCUGUUCUAUAGUCGAAGGAGCUAGAGAAUGAAAUCAAAUAAGAAGAAAUGUUUUUGAAAAAGCAGAGAGAAAGAGCAGUGUGUAUGUGUAUCUGAAGGGAGAGGGUCAAGGGGGAAAGGGCAGGAGGAGACUGAAAAAGAAAGAAAUGCAGAUUCUCUUACAACUGGAGGCAUCUCCGUAAGGAUCAGUGUAAAUGAUGGUGGGAAAAGAGAAAUGCUCCCUGCAACUCUUACUCUGGUCGGCUUGCCUAAUUCGGUCCAGCGCCUUGGCUCUUCUGCCUCAGCAUUGUUUCCCAUACUAUCUGUUGGUACCGGCACAUCUACAUGGCCAUAGUAAGAUGAUCUCUCUGUCUCAAAAGGGGCCUUCAAGAGUCAGGAUAAAUGAUUUUAUGAUGUUAUCCAGGAGGAUGGGAGAGGUGGAGGAAAUUGCUCUCUCUCCCCUUCUUCAGCAGCUCUCUGAGAAACCAUCAUGAAGCCCCAUAAGGGCCAGAACUCAGACUCAGUAAUUAAGGGGAAACUACAUGUUACCCUUCAGUCAUGAGCAAAGAAGCCCCAAAGGACCUGGCUCCUCUUCCCUUGCACAGCGUCCUCUGGAGGCUGUGACUUGCACCAGGGAAGGGAUGAAUGCACCAUCUCCUUAGGGGGCAAAACUCUUUGAAUUAACUACCUUUGCAGAACCUUUCAAAGUUGUUAGGAGAAAUUUAUUUCAUUACAUAUGGAUAUUUUCUGGGUAUUCCAAUUAGCUGUUAGGAGACCUCAUGAGGUGUCACAUUUAGAGGACUGGAUUUAGUUCGAAGGGAGAUCAAACUAUGGGCAUGGAGCCCAUAGGCCGGUCAUUACUCUGCCUAUUUGGUAAUCCGGCACUGAGGACUGUGGACCCUCUGCUUUUCAAAUGGACUCUUACUUUAAAAUUUUUAAUAUCUCUAUGGCAGCCUUUGUUGUGUGAAUGGUGCCAUGGAUCCCCUGGGGUCCAAGGUCCACCGAUCAGGAGCACUGAUUUACAGCAUUUUCACCUCACCUUUCUAUAAAAAUAAUGUCAUUAUUACAUUACAAUGUUACAACACUGAAAUAUUCCAAACACCAAUAAAACAUCUGUAAAAUAAUCAUUAAAAACAAAUGAACAGAAGCAACACUGCAAGUCACCAUAGAAUGAAGGACAAUUCAUUAUUAUUAGAGUUGGCAGCCAUUCUGUUCCAAAUUUAAAUCUUUCAUUAUUAGGCAGAGUGUUGACCAUAAAGAUGAACGUGUUGCCAAGAAUGUUAUUUCUGUCUCAAUCGAUUCCAAUGAUCGGCAGAACGGAUUGUUUUGGGGCAUCACAAAAAGAUAUUUCUAAACAUAUUUAGCAAGGGAAAAAACCGAGGAUAAAAUAUAAAAAUUAAUAGAUGCAAAAGAAAGAGGAGGUGUUUCCCUGCUGGAUCUGAGAUUAUAUUAUGAAGCACCCUGUCUUUUUUGGUUGAAGGAAUGGAUGAUGUUAGAGAAUUCAAGUAUUUUAAGACUUAGAAAGUCAUGAUAAUAUUUUUGGCUGGCACACUUAUUUAUGGUACAAAAAGGUGAAUGUUCAUAAAGGAUUUACAAACCAUAUAAUUAGGAAAAAAUUGUAUAGAGUGUUGGAUAGUUACAAGAAUUUACUAGAAGUAAGAACACCAUUAUGGCUUUCACAGCUGGAAGCUAUAGCAGUAAAGAAAAAGAACAUGACAGAAGGGUGGACAACUUAUAGAAAUUUAUAAAAACAAGAGGGAGGAGAGUAUAAAUUAAAAGAAUUUAAAGAAUUAUCUGGGAAAUUAACAACAUAGUUACAAUAUCAUCAUUUGAAUGAAGUGUUUAAUAAAGUUUGGAUAUGAGGCUUUGGGGAACAAAUAUCACAACUGGCGAGAGACCUGCUGGAAUGUAAUGUAAAAGUGUUGUCUAAAAUGUAUAAAAUAUUAUUGGAAUGGGAGACAAAGGAUGAGCAAAUAAAAUCUUCAGUGAUACACUGGGCAAUAGAUAUCAGUCAUAAUAUAGAUAUGGAAGCAUGGGAACGAUUGUGGAAUUUGAAUGUAAAAUCUACAGCGUGUUAUGGUUUAAGAGAAAAUUAUAUGAAAAUGAUAUAUCGUUGGUAUCUAACACCAAGAAAAUUGGCAAAAUCUAAAUCUAACAAAUGUUGGAAACAUAAAGAGAAAGAAGGUUCUUUUUAUCAUAUGUGAUGGUCUUGUAGUAAGGUUAAAGCUUACUGGAAAAUGAUAUAUAAUGAAUUGAAAAUGAUGUUCAAAAUAACAUUUACAAAAAAUUUUUUAUAAAAAAAUAUUUUGGGAAUUAUAGGGACACAACUACCAAAAUUGUAUAUAAAUUAAUUUAUGUAUGCUACUACAGCAGCAAGAAUGUUACUUGCGCCAAAAUGGAAAGAAGUAGAAGUCCUAGUAAAGGAAGAAUGGACACAAAAACUUAUGAAAUAUGCAGAAAUGGCGAAACUUACUGGAAAAAUAAGAAAUCAAGAUAACAAACUCUUUAUAAAAGAAUGGAAAUGGUUUAUUGAAUAAUUACAGACAACUUGUAAACAGAUAAAAACAUUAGCAGGAUUACUGUAAUAAUCUGCAGUUUUAUAAGACUAUAUAUUCAUAGUAGAUAAUUAAAUGAGCAAAUUAAAUGAAUUUGGAUAUGCAGAAAUGAAAAAAAUUAAGGAACCGCAGAAAGGGGGAAGGAAGUCAAAUUUUGAAAUGUUAAAUGGAUUGUAAAAUUAAUCAAAUGUAUAAAUUUGAAAAGUAUAAAUAAAAAACCUUUUUUAAAAAAGUUGGCAGCCAUUCGACUCAAGUUGUUGAUUUCCUCAUUAUUCUUCCAAGAGCUUUGUGCAUGUCUUUUCUUAAGUUGUGGGUAAACAUAUCAGACGACACAGCGAUUCUUCAAACAGCUCUUGUUUAUUCACAGGCCAGAACAGAACUGGGCUGAAGGGUUCCGCCAACCUGCUUAUAUAGAGCUCAACUACAAAGCAACAGUAACAACUUUCUGUAACUAUCCAAUCACUGAACUAUCCUUAUUUGCAUAUGUGGACCUGAGUGAAAACUAUCUACAGUAUCCCCCUGCUGGCCCAGGGUGAGAACUUCAGUACAUAAGAUCUUUGUUGCUCAGAGUGUAGAUCAGUGGAUUGAGGGUAGUGGUACCAAAUGUAUAAAAGAGCGACAUCAUCUUGCCAUUCUCCAAGGAGUAGCUGGAUGGAGGCUGGACGUAAGUGCAAAUGGCUGACCCGUAAAAGAGCGACACCACAAUCAAGUGGAAGCACAGGUGCUGAAGGCCUUCUGCCUGCCUUUGGCUACGUGGAUCCUUAACACAGCAGCUGUUAUGUAGCUGUAAGAGGUUAUAAUGACACUCAGUGGUAACAGAAGAUAAACCACACUGGAAGAAAGGAGCUCAGUCUCAUUGAAUGUGGUGUCAACACAAGCCAAUUUGAUUAAGGCUGGUGCCUCGAGUGUCUAUUGGUUAUGUCCACACUGUGGAAGCUGAACAGUCAACACUGUCUGCACUAGUGAAUUACUGAAGCCACAAAGCCAGGCAAAGGCAGCCAUUUUGAAACAUACAGAGCGGCUCAUAAUGGUGGUGUAACGCAGCAGAUGGCAGACGGCAGCAUAUCGGUCAUAGGCCAUGACAGGCAAAAGAACACAUUCUGUGGAGCCCAGAGCAAGGGAGAUGUACAACUCAGCCACACAGCCACCAUAGGAGAUGGACUUGUUUUUCUUCCAGAAGCUCACCAGCAUUCGUGGUCCGACGCUGGUUGUGUAACACAGGUCAAGGAAGGAGAGGUUGCUGAGGAAGAAAUACAUGGGGGUGUGGAGAUGGGGGUCCAGCCACGACACCACAAUGAUGGUCGUGUUUCCCAACAGGGUCAUCACGUAGCAGAUCAGGAUAAUGGCAAAGAGCAGCAUCUCCAAGUGUGGGCGGUCAGCCACUCCCAGUAAGAUGAAUUCUCCUUCAUAGGUCUGAUUACCUUCUUCCCACAAUGAUUUCCUGUACAUUGCCUAUACCGUCAAAAAAGAAUGAUGAAUAGCAGAUGGUUAAGAAAUGGAAAGGGAUGCGGGUGGCGCUGUGGGUUAAACCACAGAGCCUAGGACUUGUCAAUCAGAAGGUCGGCAGUUCGAAUCCCCACGACGGGGUGAGCUCCCGUUGCUUGGUCCCUGCUCCUGCCAACCUAGCAGUUCGAAAGCACAAAGUGCAAGUAGAUAAAUAGGUACCGCUCCGGCGGGAAGGUUUCCGUGCGCUGCUCUGGUUUACCAGAAGCGGCUUAGUCAUGCUGGCCUCAUGACCCAGAAGCUGUACGCCGGCUCCCUCGGCCAAUAAAGCAAGAUGAGUGCCGCAACCCCAGAGUUGUCCGCAACUGGACCUAACGGUCGGAGGUCCCUUUACCUUUAUCUGUACGGAAAGGGUGGUAAUUAGCAGUAUCCAUCCGCUGUCAGAAGGAAUUAGUGUAGGCAUCCUCAACCUGCAGCCCUCCAGAUGUUUUGGCCUACAACUCCCUUGAUCCCUAGCUAACAGGACCAGUGGUCAGGGAUGAUGGGAAUUGUAGUCCAAAACAUCUGGAGGGCCGAAGGUUGGGGAUGCCUGAAUUAGUAGGUCAGAGGGCUGGAGGGAGGCCAUUUUUGUGAUUCUUCCCCAAGUGCCUCCUCUGGAAGGUCCUUCAACCCAUCCCUGCUUAUGGUCUGAGGACUCAUAAGAAAAUAAAAAGAGCCUGGUUGGAUCAAGACAAAGGUCCAUUGUUUUCAUACAGAGCCAACAGGGUGCCAAAGGGAAGCUAGGAUGUAGGACCUGAGCACAUCAGGUCUCUUCCUGCUGUGGUUUCCAGCAGUCAUGAACUAUCCCUCAUUCUCCUCGCCUUUCUGAGCAUGAAAUAAUCAUUAAAAUAUGUCAUUGAGCUAGGAAAAUAAAUUAGGGGAGACUUAGCAGUUAUAAACACUGACAACUGGGAAACACUGGCCUGCGAGCGCUCCAGUUGGAGAACAGCCUUUACCAAAGGUGUCAUGGGCUUUGAAGACAUUCGAACUCAGGAUGCAAGGGAGAAACAUGCUAAGAGGAAGGCAUGCUUGGCAAAUCCACACCGUGAUAAACUCCUGCCCGGAAACCAAUGUCCCCACUGUGGAAGGACGUGUGGGUCCAGAAUUGGCCUCCACAGUCACUUAUGGACUCAUUGUUAAAACUGUGUUUAUGGAAGACACUCUUACUCGGCUACGAGUGAUCGCCAAAGAAGACAGUGGGGUAGAUGGGGUUUAAAACGAGCAAAGCUCCCGGUGCCCCCCCCCCCCCGGUUCGAAGCUCCCACAGAAUCAAUGAAGGAAAGUUACAGGUAGGUAGCCGUGUUGGUCUGCCGUGGUCAAAACAAAAUAAAAAAAUGCCUUCCCGUAGCACCUUAGAGACCAACUAAGUUAGACCAACUAACCCUAUGCCAAAGGAUAAAUGGACAUAAAUCUGAUAUCAGGAAUCACAAGACAGAGAAACCAGUAGGAGAACACUUCAAUCUCCCAGGACAUUCUAUACAAGAUCUCAAAGUAGCUGUCUUAUUAGAAAAGAAUUUCAGAAAUAGACUGGAAAGAGAAGUUCUUCCAUUCUUGAGCAAGGUGAUUGAGCGAGUGGUUGCUGAACAACUCCAGGCACGCCUGGAAGAAGCGGACCAUUUGGAUCCCUUCCAGUAGGGAUUCAGGCCUCAUCAUGGGACUGAAACUGCCUUGGUUGCACUGGUCAAUGAUCUCCGGCGGGCUAGGGACAAAGGUGAGAGCUGUUUCCAAGUUCUGCUGGAUCUCUCAGCGGCUUUUGACACCAUCAACCAUAACAUCCUUCUGGACCGCCUAGAGGGGCUGGGAGCUGGGGGCACUGUUAUACAAUGGUUCCACUCCUUCCUCCUGGGCCGUGUUCAGAAAGUGAUUGUGGGGGGUGAGUGUUCAGACCCCUGGGCUCUCACUUGUGGGGUGCCUCAGGGUUCUGUCUUCCCAUGCUUUUCAGCAUCUAUAUGCAGCCGCUGGGAGAGAUCAUCAAGGGGUUUGGGCUGGGUGUUCAUCAGUAUGCGGAUGAUACCCAGCUCUACCUCUCUUUCAAAUCGGAACCAGUGAAGGCGGUGAAGGUCCUGUGUGAGUGUCUGGGGGCAGUUGGAGGAUGGAUGGCAGCUAACAGAUUGAGGUUGAAUCCUGACAAAACAGAAGUACUGUUUUUGGGGGACAGGAGGCGGGCAGGUGUGGGGGACUCCCUGGUCCUGAAUGGGGUAACUGUGCCCCUGAAGGACCAGGUGCGCAGCUUGGGAGUCAUUCUGGACUCGCAGCUGUCCAUGGAGGCACAAGUCAAUUCUGUGUCCCGGGCAGCUGUUUAUCAGCUCCAUCUGGUACGCAGGCUGAGACCCUACCUGCCCGUGGACUGUCUCGCCAGAGUGGGACAUGCUCUGGUUAUCUCUCGCUUGGACUACUGCAAUGCGCUCUAUGUGGGGCUACCUUUGAAGGUGACCCGGAAACUACAACUAAUCCAAAAUGCGGCAACUAGACUGGUGACUGGGAGCAGCCACCAAGACCAUAUAACACCGGUCUUGAGAGAUCUACACUGGCUCCCAGUACGUUUCCGAGCACAAUUCAAAGUGUUGGUGCUGACCUUUAAAGCCCUAAACAGCCUCGGUCCAGUAUACCUGAAGGAGCGUCUCCACCUCCAUCGUUCUGCCCGGACACUGAGGUCAAGCGCCGAGGGCCUUCUGGCGGCUCCCUCACUGCGAGAAGCCAAAUUACAGGGAACCAGGCAGAGGGCCUUCUCGGUAGUGGCACCCGUCCUCUGGAAUGCCCUCCCACCAGAUGUCAAAGAGAAAAAUAACUACCAAACUUUUAGAAGGCAUCUAAAGGCAGCCCUGUUUAGGGGAGCUUUUAAUGUUUAAUAGAUUAUUGUAUUUUAGUGUUUUGUUGGAAGCCGCCCAGAGUGGCUGGGGAAACCCAGCCAGAUGGGCGGGGUAUAAAUAAUAAAUUAUUAUUAUUAUUAUUAUUAUUAUUAUUAUUAUUAGUUGCUGAAUUGCAACUUAUUACCAAACUUAAAACCAUGGAGAGACCUGGUCUGAAUAGAGACAUUGGAUUCUUAUCUCAUUAUACAUGAUAAAGCUAUUUUUAGCCAUCUCACUCCUUGCUUUUUCUUGUAAGACCAUUGCAGUCGUUAACAGGCGUCAAUAGGUUUACCACACCUAUCAGCCAAUCACUCAUUCCCACCCCCACCCUCUCACUAUAUAUAAGGGUCUGCUGACUUCUCUUUCAGUGUAUCUGAAGAAGUGUGCUUGCACACGAAAGCUCAUAUCAAUACAGUGGUGCCUCGCAAGACAAAAUUAAUUCGUUCCGCGAGUUUUUUCAUCUAGCGAAUUUUUCGUCUUGCGAAGCACGAAAUCCCAUAGGAAUGCAUUGAAAUUCAAUUAAUGCGUUCCUAUGGUCAAAAAAAGUCCAAACAAAGCCAAAUUUGGUACAACAAGAGUUUAUUAAGUGCUCUUUAAAGUCACACAUACUGUAAAGAGCAUUUCAAAAAUUGAAGGAACAAUAAAUUAAGUUUCUAAACAUGACAGAAAAACAUUUAAAAAUCAACAAAGUGUACAGUACAUUUUCUAAGACUCUGGGGACCACUCGAAGAAGGUUCCUCUUCCACUCUUUGCUUCUUGCUGAAGAACCUGUCCAUGGUCUGCUGCUUCAUCCGCCUUUUCAGCACCUCCCUGAAAGGCGACAUGACCCUCGUAUCAAAAGUGUUCGCAAGGUCAUGUGCCACGUGCUUGUCAGGGUGGUGCCGCUGUGCAAAAGCCUGCACAUCCUUCCACUUCAUGCAAAUGUCCCUCAGUUCUUUGGAGGACAGCCGUUCCUCAGUUGCUUCCUCCUCUUCCAGCGAGGCCUGCUCCUGCGCAGCCUCUGCCUGCAGUUCGACCAGCUCCUGGGUGGUCAGCUCGUGGUCGUGCUCCUCCACCAGCUCGCUGAUGUCCUCCUCUGUGACCUCCAGGCCCAUGGUCCUCCCCAAGGCAACAAUGUCCUGCACCACUGUUGACUCUGGUGCAUCAGAGUCACUUGGUGCCACACAGUCCGGCCACAGGCUGCGCCAAGCGCAAUUCAAAUUUCUCUGGCUGAUCCCGUUCCAGGCCGUGGUGAUCAUCUUCAAGCAGGUGACGAUGUCGAAGUGGUCCUUCCAGAAUUCCCGCAGGGUGAUGGUGGUGCAAUCAGUCACCUCGAAGCAUCGCCUGAAAAGCUCCUUGGUGUAGAGUUUUUGAAAUUGGCGAUGACCUGCUGAUCCAUCGGCUGGAGCAGUGGCGUGGUGUUAGGCGGCAGGAACAUGAUGCUGAUGAAGCUGAACUCCUCCAACAAGUCCAACUCAAGGCCUUUAGGAUGAGCAGGAGCAUUGUCCAUCAGAAGCAAAGCCUUCAGCGGCAGGUCGUUGUCCAGCAGGUACUGUUUGACAGCAGGGCCAAAAGCAAGAUUGACCCAGUCCACAAACAGCACACGUGUGACCCAAGCCUUACUGUUGGAUCGCCACAUGACACUCAGCUGCUCCUUGUCGACCUUGUGUUUCUUGAAGGCCCGUGGGUUCUCCGAGUGGUACACCAGCAGGGGCUUGAUCUUCAGGUCGCCGCUUGCGUUGGCACAGAAGAGCAGGGUCAGACGGUCCUUCAUGGGCUUGUGGCCAGGCAACUUGGCCUCCUCCUGAGUGAUGAAAGUCCUUUUGGGCAUCCUCUUCCAAAACAGCCCGGUCUCGUCGCAGUUGAAGACCUGCUGUGGAACGUAGCCCUCCGUCUUCACAGCCUCCAGGAACUCCAAUGCAAAGUCUUCAGCCGCAGGAACAUCAGAACUGGCAGCCUCUCCAUGCCUGACCACGCUGUGGAUUCCAGAUCUUGCCUUGAACCGGUCAAACCAACCUCUGCUUGCCUUGAAGACUUCUGGCUCGCCUGAGGUUCCUGGCUGUUCCCGGACGAGGUCUGCGUGCAAGGCCUUGGCCUUCUCACAAAUGACGGCCUCAGUCACUGUGUCCCCUGCACGCUGCUUCUCUUCUAACCAGAUGAGCAGCAACUUCUCGACCUCCUCCAGAACAGCUGGGCGGUUCUUCACGAUCCUGGUGACUCCCUUGGCUGCAUCAGUCGCAAGGAUCUUCUCCCUCAUCUUCAGGAUGGUCCCGAUGGUCGAUGGAUUCCUCCCGUACUCCCUGGCGAGGUCUGUCACACGCAUUCCACCGUCGUGCUUCCGGAUGAUCUCCUUCUUCAUUUCCAGCGUCACCUUCUCCUUCUUCCUCUCGCCGGCCUCUGCAGCAGCAGUCUUCUUGGGUCCCAUGGCAGCACAGCUCCUAGCUUCGCAAACUCAGGGGGAAAAAAGAAUCAGUGCUUCACAUCCAAAAAAUUCAAAAGCACCCAGCCACCCACCACACAGAAAUUCAAACCCAGAACCAAGUCCUUGAAUUCCAAACACCCAACCCAAAAUCCAAAAACCCCCAAAAAAGUUUUAAAAGUUUAACUUACCAAAUGGCUGCAAAAGAAGUUUUAGAAAAGCUUCAAAAAUCGCCAAAGUCUUCUAAAACCUCAAAUGGCUGCAAAAGAAGUUUUGGAAAAGCUUCAAAAAUCACCAAAGUCUUCAAAAACCUCAACUGUUCCCCCAGCCACCCACCCACCACACAGAAAUUCAAACCCAGAAUUUUUUUUUAAAAAAAACAACAACAUGGCCCAAUGGUCACAGAAAAUCAUAAAAAUGCAGAAAAAAACCACACAAGCUCCCAGAUUCUUGCAAACCCCUCCCCAACUGUUCCCCCAGCCACCCAACACACAGAAAUUCAAACCCAGAUUUUUUUUUAAAAAAACACAACAUGGCCCAAUGGUCACAGAAAAUCAUAAAAAUGCAGGAAAAAACCACACAAGCUCCCAGAUUAUUGCAAACCCCUCCCCAACUGUUCCCCCAGCCACCCACCACACAGAAAUUCAAACCCAUAAUUUUUUUUUUAAAAACAGCAGAGUGGCCCAAUGGUCACAGAAAAUCAUAAAAAUGCAGAAAAAAACCACACAAGCUUCCAGAUUCUUGCAAACCCCUCCCCAACACCAAGUCCUUGAAUUCCAAACACCCCAACCCAAAAUCCAAAACCCCCCCAAAAAGUUUUAAAAGUUUAACUUACGAAAUGGCUGCAAAGAAGUUUUGGAAAAGCUUCAAAAAUCGCCAAAGUCUUCAAAAACCUCAAAAAAGGCUACCACACCGCGUGCUAUGAGUUGCUCCUCGAAGUCAAGUCGCAACUGCACCUCUUCAAGCAAUGCACCUUGGGUUUUAACGGUUUUACGAAAAAGGAAACAAACUUGCAAGACGUUUUCGUCUUGCGAAGCAAGCCCAUAGGGAAAUUCGUCUUGCGAAGCAACUCAAAAACGAAAAACCCUUUCGUCUAGCAAGUUUUCGUCUUGCGAGGCAUUCGUCUUGCGGGGCACCACUGUAACUAACUUUGUUAGUCUCUAAGGUGUUACUGGAAGGAAUUUUUUUUUCAUUUUGUUUCAAUGAAGGAAAGGUUAAUUAAGCCUUGGGAGGAGGGAGGAAGCAACUGCACGCAGCCCUUGUUAUACACCCACCGCCUAUACGCUCCUCUUCCUUAUAGAUAUAAAGCUUCAGCCGCUGUUGCGAUACAGCUAGCACAAGGGAAAGGGAAAAGUACCCGUUUUGUCCCACGCGAGAGUAAAGGCUGGGAGCUGGGAGGUAGGGGAGGCAAAAGGUGGCGGACGCCAAAAGGCUCGGUAACCAAACGCCGAACAAAAGUAAAAGCGCUCUAUGAGCAAAGCGCUCCAUGAGGUAAAGCACCCAGCUCUCGCGCGCCCUUCUCUCAGCAAAGUGGUUUUUUUGGGGGGGGGGGGGGAAUCGGAAUUAAGCUAAGCUGCAAACAGCACGGAAGAGGAGGGAAGGAAACCUCAGGACAAACCGCAGGACAAAAGGCAAAGCGCCCAGAAACCUCUCUCACCUGGGACUCCGUUUUGGCUUGGAUAGACUUUGGUCGUCCAGAGGCGAGGGGUGAAGAGCUUUGGCAGAAGAGGCUUCACAGAAGAUAGACAGAAAGCCAAGCAUGGAGAAGCCGACAGAUGUGGAGAGGUAGAAAGAGGCAGGCGAAUAGAUAGAUAAAGAUAGAUAUAGGGUGUUUGGGAAGAAAGGCUGACUAGAUAAUGCAAUGAGAGAGAUUCAGUGGGUAGGCAAUAAGAUCAGGGGAAAGGGAGCAGGAGAAAGAUGAAGAUAGGUCCAGCUACAGCAGUUAGCCUCAAAGAUUAAAGAAAAGGGAGAAGGUGGACAUUUCUUCUCCUCCCAACUCCUGCCCUGAUCAGCUUGCCUAUUUCAGCCCAGCAUCUUUGCUAUUCUGGUUCAGCAUUGCAUCCCAACUACAUGUACCUAGAGACGUCCCACAGCUUAAGCCUACUUCUUAAGAGCGGGGCUCGGGAGAUACUCGGUUUUAUGGGCUUCUUACUGAAGGAGGAAGGGGCAUCUCUACCAGCUAGGGGAAGUUGCAUGGACAUUGCUUCAGUGUCACAUAGCCCCAGGGAAUCAGAACUCAAGCUGAAUAACUAGGGAUGAACUACAUAUUACACAGAAGUAAUGAAGCCCUAGAGGCCAAUUGUGAUCAUCCUCAGGAGAGGUGACUAUCACUGGCAUUGUUUAUUCAUUUACAGAAGCAUUCCUAAUUAUUCUAACUAUUAUUGUGCCCAAUGAGUUUCAAGUUCAGCAGAUAUGUUUGUUUGUUCUGGCUCUCUUUAUGGACUUGUUCUUGGAGGUUGAGUUUUGUUUGGCAGUUGUGCUUUCAUGAUGAACAUACUGUUAUGAGUUUUGGGGGAAGCAUCAGUCUGGAUGAUAACCUGGGUCACUUCCAAAACCUUUGACCAUGUAUCUGUGAGGUACAAUGGGUAAGGAGUACCCUGCCAAACCGGUUCCUUUGUCAAGGUGAUGGCGUUGGCUUGCUAAGUACUAUGAUUUAGCAUAUCCAAAGAAGUUGCUCUGUGCCUUAGGAACAAAUGGGUUGCGUUCCUGUUGUCACCUCACCUGUGUGGUACAUUGAAGAACAAUGUCCUAAGUUGUGUAAACUGGAGAGAGAGACAUGUUUUGCUCUGUGUGUUGAACUUUGGGGUUCCUCUGGAAACUAAAUGGGGAAGCAAGAUCUAGUGGGAUGUUAGUGCUGUGAGGUCCUCCAUCCGGUGCUCAGGUUAUAUAUAUGUGUAAAUAAAACCAUAUAUUCUAAAGAUACCAGUCUCUGCUGACCUUCAACUGGAGGUCUGGGUAAAGGCAGGAACCACUGGAAUCUCUCACUGCUCAAAGACUGUGCAUAACAUUGCAUAUAUAAGGACAUAAGAAGAUUGUCGGAGCCAGCCGUCCAAAUGGCGCAGUUUAGCAUAAAAUAAAGACACAGAGAGCCAGCAAUAUUUUCAGGAUGGUAUGAGCAGCUCCUUUUCGAACUCUCUUCUCUCCUGUAACUUUUAUUAUCCUUUCUUCUCUCCCUCGCAUGGCCGUUUUCCAAUGUCUCACGUUACCUCAUCCGGUCAAGGCUUUUAUUACACCCAUCACCAUAUAGGGUCAUCACUGCCCAGAGGAAACACAACUCCAUUUAAGGUCAAUACAUUCCAAUACAUUGUAAAGCUCAGAGUGCUGGUCAGCUGAGGUCAGGGGGCACCCUGCAAUAUUACAAGCCUUUGCCGUGGCUUUAUGACUCCCACAGAAGAUCAUGGCAAUGACCAGCACAGCAUCCUUCUCUCACAGUGGCCAUCCAGACAGGUUAUUGUUUAUCUUUGUGAUCCCACCUUCAAUGCUGUUUAUACCUGCAAAUAUUUGGGGUAGACAUUCUGCUUUGUUUCUGUGCAUGUCAUAUUUCAGUGCACGCCAUAUAGCUCCUGCUGAAAUCUUGUAACAUUUUAUACCGUAACCCUUCCAGUUUAAUUUCUGUUUUUGUUGUGUGGUAUAGUGGUUAAGAGCGGUGGACUCGUUAUCUGGUGAACCGGGUUCGCGUCUCCGCUCCUCCACAUGCAGCUGCUGGGUGACCUUGGGCCAGUCACACUUCUCUGAAAUCUCUCAGCCCCACUCACCUCACAGAGUGUUUGUUGUGGGGGAGGAAGGGAAAGGGGAUUGUGAGCCGCUUUGAGACUCCUUAGGGUAGUGAUAAAGCGGGAUAUCAAAUCCAAACUCUUCUCUUCUACCCCUCUAGACGCCAAUACUGCAGUAUCAUUGGGGAAACAUUCCAAGACAUCAAUUGGGUGCGGAUGCCCAGGUAUAAAUCCACCACUAAUUUGGAAUAUGUAGUAAUGUUUAAUCAUAACAAAUAAAUUAAAGAAAGAAGUAAACAUCUAGCAAUUGGGGAAAUGUGAAACUUUUUGGAUGGCUAGGAAUUCAGUAAUAAAGAUGAACAUACAUAAAUCCUAUUUACUGAUGUCAAAUAUACCACUGAAGGUGAGCGAAACUUUACUUCAAAAAAUGGGAAGAACUAUUCAACUUUUUAUGAGCAGGUAAGAAGCCCAGUGGGUGGGACGCGGGUGGCGCUGUGGGUAAAACCUCAGCGCCUAGGACUUGCCGAUCGCAUGGUCGGCGGUUUGAAUCCCCGCGGCAGGGUGCGCUCCCGUCGUUCGGUCCCAGCGCCUGCCAACCUAGCAGUUCAGAGCACCCCCGGGUGCAAGUAGAUAAAUAGGGACCGCUUACCAGCGGGAAGGUAAACGGCAUUCCAUGUGCUGCGCUGGCUCACCAGAUGCAGCUUGUCACGCUGGCCAUGUGACCCGGAAGUGUCCUCGGACGGCGCUGGCUCCUGGCCUAUAGAGUGAGAUGAGCGCACAACCCUAGAGUCUGGCAAGACUGGCCCGUACGGGCAGAGGUACCUUACCUUUACCUUUAAGAAGCCCAGAGUAGCAGCAAAAACACUCUACCAAAAGUGGUUUAGCAUUUCCUAAUGGAAAACGUUUUUAACCAUGCUGCAAUCUAAAAUAUUGGUUUACAAAUUCUAGAGUGUCAAAAGUGGAAGAAGGUGGCCUACCACCUGCAAUUAGAGAAUACCCACCCCUUGGUGUACUGUGGCAGUGAAAACCUCUUGACAAUAAACAGAAAUGUAAUCUCUAAAAAUAUCUAUUCAAUAUAGAGAAAAUUUAGGAGCACAUCAAGAACAUGAGAGCCUACUGGAUUAGGCCAGAGGCCCAUCUAGUCGUCUCACAGAUGCCUGCGGAAAACUAGCAAGUACAAGAGCACUCUAUCCUCCCACAUCGUCUAGAAACUGGUAUUGACAGAGGAUGUAGAAAAUAGUCAUCGUGACUGCAUAACUUAUGGAAUAUGCAGAAAUGGCGAAACUUACUGGAAGAAUAAGAAAUCAAGAUAACAAACUUUAUAAAAGAAUGGAAAUGGUUUAUUUAAUAAUUACAGACAAAUUGUAAACAGAUAAAAACAUUAGCAGGAUUAUUGUAAUAAUCUGCAGUUUUAUAAGACUAUAUAUUCACAGUAGAUAAUUAAAUGAGCAAAUUAAAUGAAUUUGGAAAUGCAGAAAUGAAAAAAUUUAAGGAACCGCAGAAAGAGGGGGAAGGAAGUCAAAUUCUGAAAUGUUAAAUGCAUUGUAAAAUUAAUGAAAUGUAUCAAUUUGAAAAGUAUAAAUAAAAAACUUUUUUAAAAAAAGUGGGCAGCCAUUCGACUCAAGUUGUUGAUUUCCUCAUUAUUCUUCCAAGAGCUUUGUGCAUGUCUUUUCUUAAGUUGUGGGUAAACAUAUCAGACGACACAGCGAUUCUUCAAACAGCUCUUGUUUAUUCACAGGCCAGAACAGAACUGGGCUGAAGGGUUCAGCCAACCUGCUUAUAUAGAGCUCAACUACAAAGCAACAGUAACAACUAUCUGUAACUAUCCAAUCACUGAACUAUACUUAUUUGCAUAUGCGGACCUGAGUGAAAACUAUCUACAGUAUCCCCCUGCUGGCCCAGGGUGAGAACUUCAGUACAUAAGAUCUUUGUUGCUCAGAGUGUAGAUCAGUGGAUUGAGCGUAGUGGUGCCAGAUGUAUAAAAGAGCGACAUCAUCUUGCCAUGCUCCCUGGAGUAGCUGGAUGGAGGCUGGACGUAACUGCAAAUGGCUGACCCGUAAAAGAGCGACACCACAAUCAAGUGGGAAGCACAGGUGCUGAAGGCCUUAUGCCUGCCUUUGGCUAAGCGGAUCCUUAACACAGCAGCUGUUAUGUAGCUGUAAGAGGUUAUAAUGACACUCAGUGGUAACAGAAGAUAAACCGCACUGGAAGAAAGGAGCUCAGUCUCAUUGAAUGUGGUGUCAACACAAGCCAAUUUGAUUAAGGUUGGUGCCUAUUCGGUUAUGUCCACACUGUGGAAGCUGAACAGUCAACACUGUCUGCACUAGUGAAUUACUAAAGCCACAAAGCCAGGCAAAGGCAGCCAUUUUGAAACAUACAGAGCUGCUCAUAAUGGUGGUGUAGCGCAGCGGGUGGCAGACGGCAGCAUAUUGGUCAUAGGCCAUGACAGGCAAAAGAACACAUUCUGUGGAGCCCAGAGCAAGGGAGAUGUACAACUCAGCCACAUAGCCACCAUAGGAGAUGGACUUGUUUUUCUUCCAGAAGCUCACCAGCAGUAGCUGUCUUAUUACAAAAGAAUUUCAGAAAUAGACUGGAAAGAGAAGUUGAAUUGCAACUUAUUGCCAAACUUAAAACCAUGGAGAAACCUGGUCUGAAUAGAGACAUUGGAUUCUUAUCUCAUUAUACAUGACAAAGCUAUUUUUAGCCAUCUCACCCCUUGCUUUUUCCUGUAAGACCAUUGCAGUAGUUAACAGUCGUCAACAGGUUUACUACACCUAUCAGUCAAUCACCCAUUCCCACCACCCUUCUGAGUAAUACCCCUCCCACCCUCUCACUAUAUAUGACGGUCUGGUAUCUGAAGAAGUGUGCAUGCACACGAAAGCUCAUACCAAUAGCUAACUUAGUUGGUCUCUAAGGUGCUACUGGAAGGAAUUUUUUUCUUUUUGUUUCAAUGAAGGAAAGGUUAAUUAAGCCUUGGGAGGAGGGAGGAAGCAACAGCCCUUGUUAUACACCCACCGCCUACACACUCCUCUUCUGUUAUGUACUGAGCUGAAUCCUAGAACAAUAGGAUCCAAAAUGCAGCAGUCAGAUUGGUCCACAGGAGCCACCCAAUCCAGCUCCAGGUGGAAGUGAAUCAGCGACCUGAUUGGCCUGCAGGAGCAGCCAAUCAGGCUCCUGGGUGAAGUGAAUCCGCAACCUGAUUGGCCUACAGGAGCAGCCCGGAAUUAGCCAAUCACGCAGGGCCCAUUGUGUAAAUAAUGUAUAUAUAGCUAGACGUUUUGGGGAAAGUUUCAUUCAUUGCUACUACGAGCUGAAUAAAGAGCAUGAAAUUCACACUCGACUCCGAGUAUAUUUCAUCUUCCUUAUAGAUUUAAAGCUUCUGCCGCUGUUGCGAUACAGCUAGCACAAGGGAAAGGGAAAAGAACCCAUGUUUUGUCCCACGCGAAAGUAAAGGCUGGGAGGUAGGGGAGGCAAAAGAUGGCGGACUCCAAAAGGCUCGGUAACCAAACGCCAAACAAAUGUAAAAAUAAAAUAAAAUAAGGGGGGGAGUAAAGCGCUGAAAUUUAACUCAGGAGGAAGGAAAAUGCAGCGGUAAAUGGGGGUGGGGGUGGAGGAUCCUGGGAGGGAGGAAAGCAAAGCGCUCUAUGAGGUAAAGCACCCAGCUCUCACACGCCCUUCUCUCGGCAAAGUUUAAGGGGGGGGGGGGAUCAGAAUUAAGCAAAGCCUGCAGGCACAGCCAAUCAGGCUUCUGGAGGAGGUGAAUCCGCAACCUGAUUGGCCUACAGAAGCAGCCCAGAAUUAGCCAAUCACGCGGGGCCCAUUGUGUAAAUAAUGUAUAUAUACACAUAUUUCAUUCAUUGCUACUAUGAGCUAAAUAAAGAGCAUGAAAUUCCCACACGACUCCGAGUAUAUUUCACACACCAUACAUUUAAACCACUAUAAUACCACAGCAGAUGGCACUGUGGUCUAUACAACAGAGUCUACGGCUUGCAGGUCAGAAAGUUGAUGGUUAGAAUCCCCGUGACAGGGUGAGCUCCCGUUCCUCGGUCCCUGUUCCUGCCAACCUAGCAGUUCGAAAGCACGUCAAAGUGCAAGUAGAUAAAUAGGUACUGCUCCGGCGGGAAGGUAAACGGCGUUUCAGUGUGCUGCUCUGGUUCGCCAGAAGUGGCUUAGUUAUGCUGGCCACAUGAUCUGGAAGCUGCACGCUGGCUCCCUUGGCCAAUAAAGCCCGAUGAGCGUCACAACCCCAGAGUCGUCCGUGACUGGACCUAACAGUCAGGGGUCCCUUUACCUUUAAUACCACUUUAAACAGCCCUGACUUCCCCAAAGAAAGCUGGGCGCUGUAGCUUAAGUAGGGUUGCCGUAUUUCAACACUGCCCCUUUUUUUUGCCAAAUCUUAAAAAAAAUGAAAAUCGCCAAAAUCUACACUACCAACAUGGGCUGCCGCAAAUCAGAUCCCCUUCCCCCUUCCCAAAAGCAGCAGCUCAAAGCACCUUAUGAACUAUGAAAACAAGCAUUAAAAAUAACAGAAAACAUUAUUAUUAUUAUUAUUAUUAUUAUUAUUAUUAUUAUUUAUUUUAUUUCUACCCCGCCCAUCUGGCUGGAUUGCCACCAAUAGUCGCCAAACCAAAAAGCAGCAUCAAUGAAGAAGAAGAACAUAAAGAGUCCAAAUGAAGAAUCAAUAAACUAACAGUUAAUAACUUUGCCGAACUUGCAACACAAGAUUCACAACUUGGGCACAAUUAUAGCAGUUUGAAGUACUUCUGCAAAUGACGAAAGAACUCUGACGAAAGUCGCCUUCCCUGAGGAUGUCAUGUCUUAAUAGGGAGCCUGCCUCUAAUUGUUCAGCUUGAAGUUUGAUUCCCUGAGGCUCCGUGAUGUGCAGGAAACUGCCUUGCAUUGUCCAUUAGAUUCUGGAGACGCAGCAACAACAGCCCCUUCUUUAGUAAGAUCCCCAUAAAGCCAGCUCCCUUCCCCUCCAAUGCCCUGCAAGAAGUAGGCUUAAGCUGGGGGAGGUCUCUAGGUACUUGUAGUUGGGGUUCAAUUCUCAGCCAGAAUAGCAACGAUGCUGGGGUGAAGUAGACAAGUUGUGGGGAGAGGGAAGAUCCAGCUUCUCCCUUUUAUUUAAUCUUUGAGGCUCUACAGCGAUCUUUCCAACCUUUCUAAUACAGUGGUACGUCAGGUUACAUACGCUUCAGGUUACAUUCACUUCAGGUUACAGACUCCGCUAACCCAGAAAUAGUGCUUCGGGUUAAGAACUUUGCUUCAGGAUGAGAACAGAAAUUGUGCUCUGGCGGUGCAGCAGCAGUGGGGGGGGCCACUAGCUACAGGUUAAGUACAGUUUCAGGUUAAGUACGGAACUCCGGAACAAAUUAAGUACUUAACCCGAGGUACCACUGUAGUCUAUAUUAGUAUCUGUUUCCAUUCUCCUGAUCUUACUCUUUCCCUUUCCCACCACAAACACACACACAAAGAGUGGAUGCUUCCUCCCAUCUAACUUCUAACUGCAUUCAGCUCCUUUCCCUCACCUCUUUUUUCUGUCACAAGUAAACACAUCAACAUUUAAUUCAUUAUAGUCUAUAAUCCUUGGACUCUUUGCUGGGAACAUAGCAUUUCCUUUCUUCACAUUCCACAUCUAUCAUCCAUCUUUCUGCCUGCCUGCCUGCCUGCCUGCCUCUUUUACCUCUCCACACCUGUCUGCUUCUCUUUGCUUGACUUUCUCCUUCCAUGCUGCCAGCCUCUCCCUCAAGCCAACUUCUGCACGGCUUGUGAUCUCUGGCCAUAGAUUCUGGACCAUAAAAGCCUAUCCAGAGUGCAUCUGUUGAUGGGAGCGAAGCCCCAAGACAAGCUGACUGCUCUGGUUUCCUACAAGUAGCAGGACAGAUACCAGAGCAACGGAUUCAUCUCUGGAAUAGAAGCAAAAGUUGUAUCCUUAGUCCUCACACGAGAGAAGAACUGGAAGAAGGGAAGGCGAUUGUUACGAAGACAGAAGUGAGGUUAGGAAGGGGCCGACCCAGCAAAAGAACAAUAACUUUGUACUAGAGUACCAAUAUACGUGAGAUGAAAAGGAGAGCUGAGAUUAAGUGGCGUUUAGUUUAUGUCUUUAGAUCUAUGGGAAGCAGCCUUUUCCUUCAUGCAGAGGUGAGUACUGUAAUUUGCUUUAUUUACUCCUGCCGGAAGAUUCUAGUCCAUGUGGUUUUGCAAAAUUUUGUGCCAACAGGCCUUUGCAUCUGCCUCCCCAGAAACACUCUUUAUUGCAUAUUUGUUCUGAUUUGCCCUCAUGGUGCUCUCUGAGCGGUCAUACCCAACCCUGGUUUGCCAGAAGUCAUGCUGGCCACAUGACCCAGAAGCUGUACACCGGCUCCCUCGGCCAAUAAAGCGAGAUGUGCGCCGCAACCCCAGAGUCGGUCACGACUGGACCUAAUGGUCAGGGGACGCUUUAAAUCACUGUUACUGUGUCAAUAACACGUUGCAGAAGACACAUGCAAUAACACACCCUUCUAGAAGUGUCCUCUGUUGAUUUUUCUUUCUGGGCUCCCCCACCCCACAACUUCCUUAUACAUUCCUUGUUUGAAGUUGCUCUAUCCCUUGACUGUAUUGUUUCCAUUUGUCUUUUUCUGCACCUCGUUCAGUUCUACAGAAUUGUGGGAGCGUCGGAAACCAGAGCAAAACACAGUUUUCAGUAUUUAUUAUUAUUGUUGAAUUUGUAUACUGCCCUUCAUCCAAGGAUCCCGGCGCAGUUCACAACAUAAGAACACAAAAUGAGAAUACAAAAUGCCUAAGAAACCAAAAACACCUACCAAAAAAACACAUUUAAAAAGCUAUAACAAAACCCAAAUAAGCCCAUAGGAAGUCCAUGGGUUGAAAACAUGGCAUAUUAAUCCAUGUCAUAUUAAAUCACUUUGAGAAGUUUUAUAGGAAGUGAUUUACUAAUUAAAUCAUCAUUAUCACCAUGCUCCUUUAUUUUCAGUCCCUUUCUCUCUCUUUUUAUUCAUUACAGCACACUGAUGUAAUAAGUGAGCUUUCUGAUAUGGCCCCAGGAUGUAUUGGGAAAACCUUGGGAGCCCACAGCCCCAUUCAGACAGCGUUAGCAUGUUUGUGAAAUUCAGACCCCUUUGCCCUGAUGUGCAUCACUUUAGCCUUAUGCUGCAUUUCACUUGCUCUCCUGUUGCCUGUUUAGACAAUUUUGGUUUUGGAGCUCUUCAGAAUCUGAGAUUUUACUAUGAUGAAUAGUUUACUGUCAUUAUUAGAAAACCUGACUAGUUCAAGUUGCACCCUUGACUUGCUUAUGAAUCAUUUAAGUAAAAGCAGUGUCACACUCACACACACACACACACACACACACACACACAUACACAAUUUCAUAUUUUAGAAUAUUCAUUUAAACAACUUUAAAAUAUCAAUGACUUCCCUUCUUCUCUUUCCAUGGUUCAUUUUACAUAACACAAAUUUCUGCAUAUUUUACAUAAACCAAACCAUUCAGUAUUCCAUUAUUACAUCCAUCAAAACUUAUUUACACUGUUGAAUUUAUCUUAAUACUGCCAACAUUUUCAAAUGUACACAAUUUUCACCCAUAUAUUCAAUAAACAUUUUCCAAUCUUCUUUAAACGUAUGUGAGGGGGAAAACAAAACCCCACAGCUUUCUUGCCCCAUAAACUGUCAAAUUGGGUUGCAGACAACUAAGUUCUACUCAGAGUAGAGCCACUGAAAUUCAUCAGUGGGUCUACUUUGAGUAGGACUAGCAAUACAGACAGUUGUCUCACCUUGAUCUCUUGGGUUUUUUUUAACCAGUAACAUAAUCCAUAAGAACAGUGAAUCUCAAACUGUGGUGUGCGGAUCACCAGUGAUCCGCAAGCUUCAUUCAGGUGCUCUGUGGGGUUGCUCGUAUUAAAUAUGAAUAUUGCAUAGAUAUAAACGAAUAUGAAUAUGGUAUAUGGAUAUACAUAUAGAUACUGUAUAUGAAUAAUUGUAUUUUUAUUCUAUAGAAUGCAAUUUGUAACACAAUAAAAUAGAACGCCAGAAAUUAAAACAAUGAAAAUGCAAUUAAAAAUCACACAGCAUCUACUACAGCACUUUACAAUUGUUACAACAGGAAGAAACAUAAUUAAGGGUCCACCCAUACCUUGGCUUAAUGUGGAAUGUGAACUGCUUGUGCCUCCUUCAAUUCCCCUACGUCUUUCAAUUGUUCUCCACCUGUUGCUGUCCUACGCUUUAUCCUCCCUAAAUCAAUGCAGCUCUCAUACUUGGAUUUUCAAAGCAUAGGCAAUAUCCAGUUUUGAGGGCGGGAAAGUGUUGGACAGCAGCAGUUGGAGGAGAAUGCUCUCAGCAGAGCACGAGACUCAGUCUCAGGGUUGUGGGUACAUUUAUUAAAGAUCACAACAUAAAGAUCACUGCAUGUGGUCCCUUUCAUGUACCCUCCAGCAUUUCUCCAAUGAAAAUAGGAACGUCCUAUUCAACAACAACAACAACAACAACAACAACAGGUUUUACUAUUUAUAUCCUGAUCAUCUGACUGGGUUGACCAAGCCACUUCCAACAUAUAUAAAAACAUAAUAAAACAUUAAACAUUAAAAAAACUUCCCUACAUAGGACUGCCUUCAGAUGUCUUCUAAAGGUUGACACAAUCGCUGCUGAGCACCCUCUCCCACUUUGUGGUCCCUGCUUGGAUCCCCAGUAUACUCUAGAGCAGAGUGGUCCAACACGUGGCCCUCAAGGCCUUUUUUGGCGGCCCUCAGCACCGUAUGCUGCCCACCACCUGCAGCCCUCGCCUUCCCAAAGCCAGAUAAGUGAGUUGCUGGGCUUUGCAAAGGAGGAGCAAGGGCUCUGACAGGGUCUUAGGGUCCCCCUGCUUCCUUCCCAGAGCCCAAUUAGUGCCUUUCCAGCUUUAGGAAGAAGGUGGAAAGGUUCUAGGAUGCCGUCGGAGCAUCGUGCCUCCUUCCCAAAGACCAGCCCUCGCUUCUCUGGCUUUGGGAAAGCAGCAGGAGGGACCCCCUCAAAUCUUGGCCUCGCUCCCCUGCCCUGCAUGGCAAGGCAGUGUGCAGCUUGUGGGUUCUGUGUCGAAAUUCUCUUGCGGCCCACUUGGUAUGAAAGGUUGGACUGCCCUGCUCUAGAAUCAAGGGUGAGGAAACAAGCUGGGAGAUGAUUCGAACAUGCGUGGAGGAAAACUCUGUUGAAUGAAAUUGAACACUAGUGAGGGCUCAUAGAAUCAUCGAAUUGUAGAGUAGGACCCACAGGACCAUCUAUUAAAAACCAAUAAUUUUAAAAGUUGUGUGUCCUUGUUUCUCAAUUUGAUCCUUUCAUAUGGUUUUCGGGUCUUUCAUGCAUUAUGAGUUGCCAUUAUUUUUAUUGAUUAUAGUUUAGUAAAUCUUUAUUAUACAGUGGUACCUCGGGUUACAAACACCUUGGGUUACAAACACUUUGGGUUACAGACUCCACUUACCCAGUAGUACCACCUCGGGUUAAGAACUUAAGAAAACAGAAAUCGCGCACAAGUGGGAGGCCCCAUUAGCUAAAGUGGUACCUCAGGUUAAGAAUGGUUUCAGGUUAAGAACAGACUUCUGGAACGAAUUAAGUUUGUAACCAGAGGUACCACUGUAAGUGUUAAGUGUAAACUGUUUAAUUAUUAUUUGCUGAUAUUUAAGUUUGCCGUUUACCUAUUGAAUAUUGCUUUAUUUGAUGUAAGUUGUUUAUUUUAAAGUUACGUUUUUAUUAUGGCUUCUUUGCAUUGGAUCAGAUCGUUAUUAGGUGUGCAAUCUUUGCUGUCUAUUUUGUGGUUUCUUCAGCUUAUAAACCGCCUUGUGCAUAGCAAUAUAGAAAGGUGGCAGGCCAAUUAAAAGUGAAAUGGAAAUGAAAUGAAAUCUAGUUGAAGCCCCUGCAAUGCAGGAAUAUGCAGCUGUCCCGUAUGGGGAUCAAACCCACAACCUUGGCAUGGUCAGCACCACACUCUAAUCUUCUUUGACAAUCACUCGUAGCCAAGUAAGAUUGUCUUCCACAAAAAGAGUCUUAACAGUGAGUCUGUAAGAGACUGUGGAAGCCAAUUCCUAGAUCCACACGUCCUUCAACAGUGGAGACAUAGGUUUCCGGGCGGGACUUGAUCAUGGUGAAGGUUUGCCAAACAUGCCUUCCUCUUAGCCCUGAGUUCAUGCUUCUUCAAAGUCCACGGCACUUUUGGUAAGGGCUGUUCUCCAACUGGAGCGCUUGCAGGCCAGUGUUUCCCAGUUGUCAGUGUUUAUACUACAUUUUUAGAUUUGCCUUGAGGCACUCUUUAAACCUCUUUUGUUGACCACCAGCAUUACGCUUUCCAUUUUUAAGUUCAGAAUAGAGUAGUUGCUUUGGAAGACAAUAAUCAGGCAUGUGUACAACGAAGUUGUUGUUGAAGUUGAUGUUGAUGUUGAAGAAACACUGGUGAUCUUUGCUUCAUCCAGUACACUGAUAUUAGUUCGCCUGUCUUCCUAAGUGAUGUGUAAGAUUUUUCAGAGAAUCUUUUGAGAAGUUGGAGAUGGCGUUUGUAAGUGGUCCAUGUUUCACAAGCAUACAGUAAGGUUGGUAGUACAAUAGCUUUGUAAACAAACUGAGUCAUCAAGCCUACCUAGAGGCACUGAAGGCUGCCUCCAUUGCAUCCCCAUUGUGCUGUCCAGCACAGCUGUUCUGGGUAUGGAGAUGACAGCAGCCCGCUAACUAUAACUUGGACCAAAACUUUAGAGGCCAGAGCUCAAGUGCCAGUCCAAGUAUGGAAGUCCUAUGAGAGGUGGUGGACCCUCCUUCCUUGGUGGUUCUUAAGCAGAGGUUGGAUGGCCAUCUGUUGUGUAUGCUUUAGUUGAGAUUCCUGCACUGCAGGGAGUAGGACUAAAUGAUCCUCAGGGUCCCUUCCAACUCUACAGCUCUAUUAUUCUUGGAGAAAGCACAAUCUCCCAGCCAAAUAACUAUUGCUUCCAUUUGCUGGUUGUCUUUGAUUCAUUAAGGUCUCCUUGAUGUUACAGAUGAUGUACAGGGAGCAUCACGGGAAGAAGGCAACCAAAGCUACCAAGGAGAAUUCAUCUUACUGGGAGUGGCUGACCGCCCACGCUUGGAGAUGCUGCUCUUUGCCAUUAUCCUGACCUGCUACGUGAUGACCCUGUUGGGAAACACGACCAUCAUUGUGGUGUCGCGGCUGGACCCCCAUCUCCACACCCCUAUGUAUUUCUUCCUCUGCAACCUUUCCAUCCUUGACCUCUGUUACACUACCAGCCUCGGACCCCGGAUGCUGGUGAGCUUCUGGAGGAAAAACAAGUCCAUCUCCUAUGGCGGCUGUGUGGCUGAGUUGUACAUCUCCCUUGCUGUGGGCUCCACCGCAUGUGUCCUUUGGGCUUUGAGGGCACAGGACCGAUAUGCUGCAGUCUGCCAUCCGCUGCGCUACACUACCAUUAUGAACCAUUCUGUAUGUUUCACAAUGGCUGCCAUCUCCUGGGUUAGUGGCUUCAGCAAUUCACUAGUGCAGACGGUGUUGACAUUUAGGAUUCCACGAUGCGGAGAGAACCGAAUAGACCAUUUUUCUGUGAGGUGCCAGCCUUUAUCAAAUUGGCCUGUGGGGACACCUCACUCAAUGAGGCUGUCCUCUUUUUUGCCAGUGUGGCCAUCCUUCUGUUACCAGUGGGCCUGAUCACCCUCUCUUAUGCCUACAUUGUGGCAGCUGUGUUAAAGAUCCGCUCAGCUGAAGGCAGACAGAAGGCCUUCAACACCUGUGCUUCCCACUUGAUCGUGGUGUCACUCUUUUACGGGUCAGCUAUUUUCAGUUACCUCCAGCCCCGAUCCGGCUACUCCCGUGACCAGGAAAAGAUGGUCUCCCUUUUCUAUACAUUUGUCACCACCAUGCUAAAUCCACUAAUCUACACCCUGAGGAACAAAGAGGUACACAAAGCUCUUGGAAGGGUAUUGAAGAGGAAUUAAUCCCAAUAGCUCCUAACUUUAUUCAGCAGUUCAGUCUUAUCUUUUAAUAAUAAAAAAAUAUCUCACUAAUCAUCUGUAUGAUUCCCCUUCCUGUGGGAAUUUGUUGCUUUUCUAGGUCCUAUAUUAAUGAAUGUUUAUUUUGUGAAUGUUUUAUUGCUGUUAUGAUUUCUGCAAUCUUAUGAUACUGUAAUAUUGUUUUAAUGAAAUUGUUAUAGAAAGGUGGGGUGGAGAUGUUGAAAAUAAAUAAAUCUUUCUUUCUUUCUGUUCUGGCCCUUGCUUCUUGACAGAGUACUCAAAUUCAGGUUUCUGUUUCUACCAAAAUAUUUUAUUCACAGAUUACUAUGAUACAUAGGCACCACAGCUGACAGGAGAUGGUAGUGCUGGCUGGUAGAGAUGCCCCUUCCUCUUUCAGUAAGAAAACCGAGUAUCUCCCCCAGCCCCCGCUCUUCAGAAGUAGGCUUAAGCUGUGGGACGUCUCUAGGUACAUGUAGUUGGGAUGCAAUGCUGAACCAGAAUAGCAAAGAUGCUGGGCUGAAAUAGACAAGCUGAUCACGGCAGGAGUUGGGAGGAGAAGAAAUGUCCACCUUCUCCCUUUUCUUUAAUCUUUGAGGCUAACUGCUGUAGCUGGACCUAUCUUCAUCUUUCUCCUGCUCCCUUUCCCCUGAUCUUAUUGCCUGCCCACUGAAUCUCUCUCAUUGCAUUAUCUAGUCAGCCUUUCUUCCCAAACACCCUAUAUCUAUCUUUAUCUAUCUAUUCAUGUGCCUGCCUCUUUCUACUUCUCCACAUCUGUCAGCUUCUCCAUGCUUGGCUUUCUGUCUAUCUUCUGUGAAGCCUCUUCUGCCAAAGCUCUUCACCUCUAGCCCCUGGACAACCAAAGUCUAUCCAAGCCAAAACAGAGUCACAGGUGAGAGAGGUUUCUGGGCACUUUGCCUUUUGUCCUGCAGUUUGUCCUCAGGUUAAUUAGAAAUAAAGAUAAUAAUAUUAUGGAAAUAAAUAAACAAAUAAGAGAGAAAGAAAAAGAUGUAUCUGUGAGGUACAAUGGGUAAGGAGUAACCUGCCAAACCGGUUCCUUUGUCAAGGUGAUGGUUUUGGCUUGCUAAGUACUAUGAUUUCCCCUUCAUGGAUCACUGCCUUGCCGUGGUGAAGUGGCUUGAAGAACUCAGAGAAGCUAUGAACUAUGCCAAGCAGGGCACCCAAGAUGGACAGGUCAUAGUGGAGAGUUUUGACCAAACGUGAUCCACCUGGAGGAGGAACCGGCAAGCCACUCCAGUAUCCCUGCCAAGAAAACUCCAUGGACAAAGACAACAGGCAUAUAAAAGUUAUGACGCUGGAAGAUGAGCCCCUCAGGUCGGAAGGCGUCCAACAUGCUACUGGGGAAGUGCGGAGGGCAAGUACAAGUAGAUCCAGAGCUGAUGAAGCAGCUGGGCCAAAGCCGAAAGGACGCUCAGUUGCGGAUAUGCCUGGAAGUGAAAGGAAAGUCCAAUGCUGUAAAGAAAAAUAUUGCAUAGGAACCUGGAAUGUAAGAACCAUGAACCUGGGUAAGUUGGAGGUGGUCAAAAAUGAGAUGGCAAGAAUUAAUAUUGACAUCCUGGGCAUCAGUGAACUAAAAUGGACGGGAAUGGGAGAAUUCAGUUCGGAUGACCAUCAUAUCUACUACUGUGGGCAAGAAACCCGUAAAAGAAAUGGAGUGGCCCUCAUAGUCAACAAAAGAGUGGCGAAAGCUGUACUGGGAUGCAAUCUCAAAAAUGAUAGAAUGAUCUCAAUACGAAUCCAAGGCAGACCUUUUAACAUCACAGUAAUCCAAGUUUAUGCACCAACUACUGGUGCUGAAGAAACUGAAAUUGACCAAUUCUAUGAAGACUUACAACACCUUAUAGAAGUGACACCAAAGAAGGAUGUUCUUCUCAUUAUAGGGGAUUGGAAUGCUAAAGUAGGGAGUCAAGAGAUAAAAGGAACAACUGGCAAGUUUGGCCUUGGAGAUCAAAACGAAGCAGGGCAAAGGCUAAUAGAGUUCUGCCAAGAGAACAAGCUGGUCAUCACAAACACGCUUUUCCAACAACACAAGAGACGACUCUACACAUGGACAUCACCAGAUGGGCAGCAUCGAAAUGAGAUUGAUUAUAUUCUCUGCAGCCAAAGAUGGAGAAGCUCUAUACAGUCAGCAAAAACAAGACCUGGAGCUGACUGUGGCUCAGAUCAUCAGCUUCUUAUAGCAAAAUUCAAGCUUAAACUGAAAAAAGUAGGAAAAACCACUGGGCCGGUAAGAUACAAUCUAAAUCAAAUCCCUUAUGAAUACACAGUGGAAGUGAGGAACAGGUUUAAGGAUAUAGAUUUGGUGGACAGAGUGCCUGAAGAACUGUGGAUGGAGGCUCGCAACAUUAUACAGGAGGCAGCAACGAAAACCAUCCCAAUGAAAAGGAAAUGCAAGAAAGCAAAGUGGCUGUCCAAUGAGGCCUUACAAAUAGCGGGGGAGAGAAGGCAAGCAAAAUGCGAGGGAGAUAGUGAAAGAUACAAGAAAUUGAAUGCAGAUUUCCAAAGAAUAGCAAGGAGAGACAAGAAGACCUUCUUAAACGAGCAAUGCAAAGAAAUAGAGGAAAGCAAUAGAAUGGGAAGAACCAGAGAUCUGUUCAAGAAAAUUGGAGAUAUGAAAGGAACAUUUCGUACAAAGAUUACCAUAAUAAAGGACAAAAGUGGAAAGGACCUAACAGAAGCAGAAGACAUCAAGAAGAGGUGGCAAGAAUACACAGAGGAAUUAUACCAGAAAGAUAUAGAUGUCUCGUAUACCCCAGGUAGUGUGGUUGCUGACCUUGAGCCAGACAUCCUGGAGAGUGAAGUCAAAUGGGCCUUAGAAAGCACUGCUAAUAACAAGGCCAGUGGAAGUGAUGGUAUUCCAGCUGAACUAUUUAAAAUUUUAAAAGAUGAUGCUGUUAAGGUGCUACACUCAAUAUGCCAGCAAGUUUGGAAAACUCAGCAGUGGCCAGAAGAUUGGAGAAGAUCAGUCUACAUCCCAAUCCCAAAGAAGGGCAGUGCCAAAGAAUGCUCCAACUACCGCACAAUUGCACUCAUUUCACACGCUAGCAAGGUUAUGCUUAAAAUUCUACAAGGAAGGCUCAAGCAGUAUGUGGACCGAGAACUCCCAGAAGUGCAAGCUGGAUUUAGAAGAGGCAGAGGAACCAGAGACCAAAUUGCAAACAUGCGCUGGAUUAUGGAGAAAGCUAGAGAGUUCCAGAAAGACAUCUACUUCUGCUUCAUUGACUAUGCAAAGCCUUUGACUGUGUCGACCACGGCAAACUAUGGCAAGUUCUUAAAGAAAUGGGAGUGCCUGAUCACCUCAUUUGUCUCCUGAGAAAUCUCUAUGUGGGACAAGAAGCUACAGUUAGAACCGGAUAUGGAACAACUGAUUGGUUCAAAAUUGGGAAAGGAGUACGACAAGGCUGUAUUUUGUCUCCCUGCUUAUUUAACUUAUAUGCAGAAUUCAUCAUGCGAAAGGCUGGGCUGGAUGAAUCCCUAGCCGGAAUUAAGAUUGCUGGAAGAAAUAUCAACAACCUCAGAUAUGCAGACGACACAACCUUGAUGGCAGAAAGUGAGGAGGAAUUAAAGAACUUUUUAUUGAGGGUGAAAGAGGAGAGCUCAACAUCAAAAAAACGAAGAUCAUGGCCACUGGUCCCAUCACCUCCUGGCAAAUAGAAGGGAAGAAAUGGAGGCAGUGAGAGAUUUUACUUUCUUGGGCUCCAUGAUCACUGCAGAUGGUGACAGCAGCCACGAAAUUAAAAGACGCCUGCUUCUUGGGAGAAGGGCAAUGACAGGCCUAGACAGCAUCUUGAGAAGUAGAGACAUCACCUUGCCAACAAAGGUCCGUAUAGUUAAAGCUAUGGUUUUCCCAGUAGUGAUGUAUGGAAGUGAGAGCUGGACCAUAAAGAAGGCUGAUCGCCGAAGAAUUGAUGCUUUUGAAUUAUGGUGCUGGAGGAGACUCUUGAGAGUCCCAUGGACUGCAAGAAGAUCAAACCUAUCCAUUCUUAAGGAAAUCAGCCCUGAGUGCUCACUGGAAGGACAGAUCGUGAAGCUGAGGCUCCAGUACUUUGGCCACCUCAUGAGAAGAGAAGACUCCCUGGAGAAGACCCUGAUGUUGGGAAAGAUGGAGGGCACAAGGAGAAGGGGGCGACAGAGGACGAGAUGGUUGGAUAGUGUUUUCGAGGUUACCAGCAUGAGAUUGACCAAACUGCGGGAGGCAGUGGAGGACAGAGGUGCCUGGUGUGCUCUGGUCCAUGGGGUCACGAAGAGUCGGACACGACUAAACGACUAAACAACAACAACAACAACAAGUACUAUGAUUUAGAAUAGCCAAAGAAGUUACUCUGUGCCUUAGGAACAAAUGAGUUGCUGAAAUAUACUCGGAGUCGAGUGUGGAUUUCAUGCUCUUUAUUCAGCUCAUAGUAGUUCCCCCAAAAUAUCUGCUUUAUAUACAUUAUUUACACAAUGGGCCGCAUGUGAUUGGCUAAUUCUGGGGUUCUCCUGUAGGCCAAUCAGGUUGCGGAUUCACUUCCACCUGGAGCUGGAUUGGGUGGCUCAUGCGGACCAAUCAUACUGCUGCAUUGUUCUAGGACCAAUCAGACUGCUGCCUUUUAGAUCCUAUUCAACUCAGUACAUAGCAGUUGCCUUCCUGUUGCCACCUCACCUGUGUGGUACAUAGAAGAACAACAUCCUGAGUUGUGUACAGGGCCGUCUUAAGCAUAUCUGACUCCAGUGCCCCCCCCCCCCCAUUUCCCAGAGUUGUAGACCUUUUUUAAGGAAAGGCUGCUCCCUCCCUCGCGCUACUGCCCCGCGCUGCCCAUGUGCGACCGGGCAUCAGCUCCUGCGGCGGGAUCAUGGUGCGGGGCUGGGCAGCCAGGCAUGAUGGGGAUGGCAUGGGAGGCAGGCGGGGGUCUCGUCCGGGCAGGGACAGGCGAAGCGAGCUGGGCCAUCCAUGUCGUCACAGCAGAGAAGCACGCUCACUCAGCUGCAGCCUCCCCAUCCUUGCUUGGGGAGGAAGGGGGGGAGAGAGAGUGUGACUGGGAGGGGAUUGGGCAGGGGAAGGAAAUGCGGUUCGUGUGAAGGAGUGCAGGAGUGUGAAGGAGUGUGAAGGUGGGGGCAGCGGGAGGAGGCAGGCUCCAUGCAAGGCGGUGGAGAAGCAGGGGAAGGAGGGAGGGGCGCUGGGGGCAGCAGUUGCAGCGUGUAACCUCGAGUGCGGGGAUCUUUCGAGGUAGAGUGGACAGGGGAGCGGUGGUAGAGUCACAUUUAUUAUGCACAGAGCUUGGGAUGCAAGCACACACCACGCAGCCGAGGAGGUGGUGUGUCGUGGAGCUAGCGGAGAGAGCUCCGGACUGCGGGAAACCAUCUGGAGCCUUCCUGCCUCUGAUGGGUGCUGGAGGCAUGCAGACACCAAGCCCCUGCUCCGCCUCGCUUACCUCCCCAAUCUCCCCUCCCUGGACUCUCCCCGGACUCUCCGCCUAGUGCUGUCCACUGCUUAGUGCCCUGGCUCGCUGCGCCACUACACCCAAUGGUAAAGACGUCCCUGGUUGUGUAAACUGGAGAGAGAGACAUGUUUUGCUCUCUGUGUUGAACUUUGGGGUUCCUCUGGAAACUAAAUGAGGAAGCAAGAUCUAGUGGGAUGUUAGUGCUGUGAGCUCCUCCAUCCUGUGCUCAGGUUAUAUAUAUGUGUAAAUAAAACCAUAUAUUCUAAAGAUACCAGUCUCUGCUGACCUUCAACUGGAGGUCUGGGUUAAGGCAGGAACCACUGGAAUCUCUCACCGCUCAAAGACUGUGCAUAACAUUGCAUAUAUAAGGACAUAAGAAGAUCAUGGCAAUGACCAGCGCAGCAUCCUUCUCUCACAGUGGCCAUCCAGACAGGUUAUUGUUUAUCUUUGUGAUCCCACCUUCAAUGCUGUUUAUACCUGCAAAUAUUUGGGGUAGACAUUCUGCUUGUUUCUGUGCAUGUCAUAUUUCAGUGCACGCCAUGUAGUUUCCUGCUGAAAUCUUGUAACUUUUUAUAUCGUAAAGCUUCUGGUUUGAUUUCUGUUUUUUGUUGUGUUAUAGCACACAAGCAGCCCUCUAGAUGCCAAUACUGCAGUAUCAUUGGGAAACAUUCCAAGACAUCAAAUGUGUGCGGAUGCCCAGGUAUAAAUCCACCACCAAUCUGGAAUAUGUAGUAAUGUUUAAUCAUAACAAAUAAAUUAAAGAAAGAAGUAAACAUCUAGCAAUUGGGGAAAUGUGAAACUUUUUGGAUGGCUAGGAAUUCAGUAAUAAAGAUGAACAUACACAAAUCCUAUUUACUGAUGUCAAAUAUACCACUGAAGGUGAGCGAAACUUUACUUCAAAAAAUGGGAAGAACUAUUCAACUUUUUAUGAGCAGGUAAGAAGCCCAGAGUAGCAGCAAAAACGCUCGACCAAAAGGGGUUUAGCAUUUCCUAAUGGAAAAUGUUUUUAACCAUGCUGCAAUCUAAAAUAUUGGUCUACAAAUUCUAGAGUGUCAAAAAUGGAAGAAGGUGGCCUACCACCUGCAAUUAGAGAAUACCCACCCCUUGGUGUACUGUGGGGUGAAAACCUCUUGACAAUAAGCAGAAAUGCAAUCUCUAAAAAUAUCUAUUCAAUAUAGAGAAAAUUUAGGAGCACAUCAAGAACAUGAGAGCCUACUGGAUCAGGCCAGAGGCCCAUCUAGUCGUCUCACAGAUGCCUGCGGAAAACUAGCAAGUACAAGAGCACUCUAUCCUCCCGCAACGUCUAGAAACUGGUAUUGACAGAGGAUGUAGAAAAUAGGCAUCGUGACUAGUAGCCAAUGGUAGCUUUAAACGUGGGUUGGAGAAAGCAUGGAGGACAAGGCUUUAUAGGUUGGUGGCCAUCACUGCCUCCUGUGGGAGCAGGCACCAAAAUUUAUAUAUGCGCUUUGAAGAGAAAUAAUUUCUUUUAUCUUUCGACAAUCAGCUUCGUUUGAGGUCCACCAGUUCUGGCGUUCUGGGAGAGAGAGAAAAGGGGGCUUGAGGUAGAUAUCAGAUAAAUGUCCUGCUGCAGCGCUACCAUCUCCUGUCUGCUGUGGUGCCUAUGUAUCAUACUAAUCUGUGAAUAAAAUAUUUUGGUAGAAACAGAAACCUGAAUUGGAGUACUCUGUCAAGAAGCAAGGGCCAGAACAGAAAGAAAGAAAGAAUUAUUUAUUUUCAACAUCUCCAUCCCACCUUUCUGUAAAUUUCUGUAAAAAUUCUGUAAAUUUCAAUAAAACAAUAUUACAGCAUCAUAAGAUUGCAGUAAUCAUAGCAGCAAUAAAACAUUCACAAAAGAAACAUUCAUUAAUAUAGGACCAAGAAAAGCAACAGAUUUCCACAGAAAGGGGAAUCAUACAGAUGAUUAAUGAGAGAUUUUAUUAUUAUUAAAAGAUAAGACUGAGCUGCUGAAUAAAGUUAGGAGCUAUUGGGAGUCUCUUCAUUACCCUUCCAAGAGCUUUGUGUACCUCUUUGUUCCUUAGGGUGUAGAUUAGUGGAUUUAGCAUGGUGGUGACAAAUGUAUAGAAAAGGGAGACCAACUUGCCCCGGUCGCGGGAGUAGUUGGACGGGGGCUGGAGGUAACUGAAAAUGGCCGUCCCAUAAAACAGCGACACCACGAUCAAGUGGGAAGCACAGGUGUUGAAGGCCUUCUGCCUGCCUUCAGCUGAGCGGAUCCUUAACACAGCUGCUACAAUGUAGGCAUAAGAGACAGUGAUCAGGCCCACUGGUAACAGAAGGAUGACCACACUGGCAAAAAAGAGGACAGCCUCAUUGAGUGAGGUGUCCCCACAGGCCAAUUUGAUAAAGGCUGGCACCUCACAGAAAAAAUGGUCUAUUCGGUUCUCUCCGCAUCGUGGAAUCCUAAAUGUCAACACCGUCUGCACUAGUGAAUUGCUGAAGCCACUAACCCAGGAGAUGGCAGCCAUUGUAAAACAUACAGAAUGGUUCAUAAUGGUAGUGUAGCGCAGCGGAUGGCAGACUGCAGCAUAUCGGUCAUAUGCCAUAAUAGCCAAAAGGACACAUUCUGUGGAGCCCAAAGCAAGGGAGAUGUACAUCUCAGCCACACAGCCGCCAUAGGAGAUGGACUUGUUUUUCCUCCAGAAGCUCACCAGCAUCUGUGGUCCGAGGCUGGUGGUGAAGCAAAGAUCAAGGAAGGAGAGGUUGCUGAGGAAGAAAUACAUGGGGGUGUGGAGAUGGGGGUCCAGUCGUGACACCACAAUGAUGGUCAUGUUUCCCAACAGGGUCAUCACGUAGCAGAUCAGGAUAAUGGCAAAGAGCAGCAUCUCCAAGCGUGGGCGGUCAGCCACUCCCAGUAAGAUGAAUUCUCCUUGGUAGCUUUGGUUGCCUUCUUCCCGUGAUGCUCCCCUGUACAUUAUC